CGCGCAACACGGACAUAAGUAUAAUUAUGGCAAUCCGGGAAUAUUCGGACAUUAUGCGAACCAGUGUGGCAUCAUGACUCCGGAAUUCGGCAUUCAAAUGCCAUAGCUCAUUAGUAUGACAUCAUAUUAAGUAACCACUAAAGUCUGAUAUUUCUCUCUGGCAUAUAAAGCGUGCAACAUAUUCCUUCCAAGAUUUCCUGCUCCUCACUUUUUUUCUCUUUCAAAUUUCAGAUACACUUCAACUUUGCAAUGACUGUCAUAUCCUCCAAAUCAUACACCAUCACGGCUGAAGCCACCCGAAUCUUCAAUUCUCUUGUCAAUGACCCCCGCCUUGAUGUCCCAGAGAUUGUGAAGUGUGCGGCCAGACAUGUAACUAUUCAGGCCAGACACGAAGUGCCAUUUUUACCCACUCCAUUAAAGAUGACCGAGUCUUCCACCGCGCUCUGGGCGUACCUUAGUGCCUGGUCGCUUGCCAUAAUGAACGCCCGAUACGGAUUGGACGAGGAAACUGCAGUUGUUGACGCCGAACAGGCUACAUUGUAUCUCUUUUCUUUUGCGCUUGUUCGUUUCAAUGGUGUUCCCAUUCAAGACAAACGCUUUGCCUUGAGAGCCACUCAGUAUGACACGGGCAAAUAUAACGAGCCGUAUCGCGCACUGGCUACCAAUAUCUACCCAACUCGCGACGGAAAGUUCUGCCUGUUACACGGGGGAUUAAACGCGACGCGGAUCUUGCGGAUGGUGGGCAUGCCAGACUCGCAGCCGGAACUCACGCGCGAGGAGGCUAUUGCGGCCCAUACGAAAAAUAUUUCGGAGAAUUUCGACAGCCACUGGCUCGAGAUCACUGCCAACGAAAGAUACCGCCAAUCAAGCACGGUUUGCAACACGUUCGAGGAGUUUUUGGUUUCUGAGCACGGAAAGGCCAUCAAGGAUGACCCUAUCUACAUCGUCAAACAAGUGGAUGCUUCGCUUCCACCUGUGGGUUGGCCAGAAGCCACCAAAGGUAGCGGCAGACCGUUGGAAGGAAUUCGGAUCAUUGAUUUCUCACGUAUUAUCGCAGGACCUGCAAUAACGAAGAUUUGUGCACUUCUUGGGGCCACGGUCAUUCGCAUUUCCUCUAAUCCGCAGCAGCCCGAUGUUGCUGUAUUGAUGUUUGAUGGGAAUUUGGGAAAGCGUGACACCUCCUUAAACAUGAAGUCAGAGGAGGGUAAAGACGCGUUUGAAGCGUUGUUACUAGGAGCCGAUGUGAUCAUGGACGGCUUCCGUCCGGGCUCCUUAGAUCGUUUGGGAUUCACCAGGGACUAUAUGCGUUUGCUUGCUCGUAAGAGAGGUAAGGGACUUAUUCUCGCCCGCGAGAACUGCUACGGCUGGAAAGGGCCACUUCAGCACCGUUCGGGCUGGCAACAGAUAAGCGACUGUCUCACUGGUGUCGCGUGGGCCCAGGGAAAGUUUUUGGGCUUGGACGAGCCGGUUCUUCCGUUGUUGCCUAACGCUGACUACCAGGCGGGGAUUUGUGGAGCCAUAGCCAUUUUGGACGCCAUUUACAAACGCGCCACCUUGGGUGGAUCAUAUACUGUCGACCUGUCGCUUAGUCAGUUUAAUGUCUUCUUCCAGAAGCAGGGUUUGUUACCUGUGGUGGAGCAGGAACGACUCUUGAAGCGGUACGAAGGAGAACUCAGUUUUAGACAUUACGAUGAUGCACUCAGCUUGUCUCAGAAAAUGGCCAAGCUCUUUGCUAAGCAUGAGCCGAAGUUAUUGGAUCCAGAGAAGGUGUAUGCCAAGGCCGAUAGUAACUGGGGAGAAGAAGGGGAAAUUAUGGAAUAUGUCAAGCCGCCAGCCUCUUUUUCCAGCAUAAAGUUGUUUCCGGACGUGGGAACCACUCAAGCUGGAACCUAUUCCCCACAGUGGCCAUAAACCCCAUUAGACUAGUACUUACUAGAAGGGGGUUACUAGAGAAUAUUCAGAUCCAAUUGCUGGGUUCAAAGGAUAUCGUUAAAUUGUAUUUGUUAAAAUUAAACUAAAUAUUAGGUCUAGAAUAUAUGCCAUAUUAAAGAUAGGCC